AUGGCUGAUGCCAAGGCUGUCUCAACGCCUAUUGUUACUACUGAAGUGCUUAAAUUCUCAGAUGGCUCACCACCGACUGAUCCUAAAUUAUACCGCCAAGCUCUUGGGUCCUUACAAUAUCUCUCUUUGACUCGUCCUGACGUCUCCUUUGCCAUCAACAACAAAGCUCUCUCAGUUCAUGCAUUGUCCAUCCACACUUCAUUGGUGUGCUGUAAACGCCUCCUCCGAUAUCUAGUUGGCACUCUUGACUAUGGUCUCUUGCUCCGUAAGAAUUCUCCUCGCACUCUUCACGCAUUUGCAGAUGCCGAUUAG